GCGCGCGCGGUGGCCGCCGGCGAUCCGGACCGGACGGGGACCGGGAUCGGGACGGGACCGGGCCUCCGAGCACGGCGCAUCAUGAGGCGUGCGCGAACCGAAGAGAAAACUGAGAAUGAAAUUGCUUUGGCAAGCUAAAAUGAGCUCGAUUCAGGACUGGGGCGAAGAGGUAGAGGAAGGAGCUGUUUACAAUGUCACCCUCAAAAGAGUCCAGAUUCAACAGGCAGCCAAUAAAGGAGCAAGAUGGCUAGGGGUUGAAGGGGACCAGCUGCCUCCAGGACACACAGUCAGUCAGUAUGAAACCUGUAAGAUUAGGACCAUAAAAGCUGGCACUUUGGAGAAGCUUGUGGAGAAUUUGCUGACCGCUUUUGGAGACAAUGACUUUACCUAUAUCAGCAUCUUCCUGUCAACAUACAGAGGCUUUGCAUCCACUAAAGAAGUGCUGGAACUGCUGCUGGACAGGUAUGGAAACCUAACAAGCCUGAAUUGUGAAGAGGAUGGAAGCCCGAGCUCUACUGAGUCCCGGACAGUGAUCAGGAAUGCAAUAGCAUCAAUCCUGAGGGCCUGGCUUGACCAGUGUUCAGAAGACUUCCGGGAGCCUCCUCUCUUCCCUUGCCUUCAGAAACUGCUAGAUUAUCUCAAACGGAUGAUGCCAGGCUCUGACCCAGAGAGAAGAGCUCAGAAUCUUCUUGAGCAGUUUCAGAAGCAGGAUGUGGACACCGACAAUGGGCUUCCCAGUAUCGUCUCCAGCCUGGAGGAGGAAGAGGAACUGGAGGGUGGAGGGUCAGCAGAAUUCACAUGCUUCUCAGAAGAUCUAGUGGCUGAGCAGCUGACCUACAUGGAUGCACAACUAUUCAAGAAAGUGGUGCCUCACCACUGCCUGGGCUGCAUUUGGUCUCAAAGGGAUAAGAAGGAAAAUAAACAUUUGGCUCCUACGAUCCGUGCCACCAUUUCGCAGUUUAAUACACUCACCAAAUGCGUUGUCAGCACCAUCUUGGGGGGCAAAGAGCUGAAGACUCAACAGAGAGCCAAGAUCAUUGAGAAGUGGAUUAACAUUGCUCAUGAAUGUAGAAUCCUGAAGAAUUUUUCCUCCUUGCGGGCCAUCGUAUCUGCUCUGCAGUCCAAUUCUAUCUAUCGGUUGAAAAAGACUUGGGCUGCUGUCCCAAAGGACCGAAUGCUGAUGUUUGAAGAACUGUCAGAUAUCUUCUCAGACCACAAUAACCAUUUGACCAGCCGGGAACUACUCAUGAAGGAAGGGACUUCAAAAUUUGCAAAUCUGGAUAGCAGUGUGAAAGAAAACCAGAAGCGAACUCAGAGGCGGCUCCAGCUGCAGAAGGAUAUGGGUGUGAUGCAGGGAACUGUACCCUACCUGGGCACCUUCCUGACUGACCUGACCAUGCUGGACACAGCUCUUCAGGACUACAUUGAGGGUGGACUGAUAAACUUUGAGAAAAGGAGAAGGGAGUUUGAAGUGAUUGCUCAGAUAAAGCUCUUACAGUCUGCUUGCAACAGCUACUGCAUGAGCCCGGACCAAAAGUUCAUCCAGUGGUUUCAGAGGCAGCAGCUCCUAACUGAGGAGGAGAGCUAUGCCCUCUCCUGUGAGAUUGAAGCAGCAGCCGAUGCCAGCACCACUUCCCCCAAGCCUCGGAAGAGCAUGGUGAAGAGACUCAGCCUACUGUUUCUGGGCUCUGACAUUAUCACUAACAGCACUCCCACCAAAGAGCAGCCCAAGUGCACAGCCAGCGGGAGCUCCGGUGAGAGCAUGGACUCUGUCAGUGUCUCCUCCUGCGAGUCGAACCACUCAGAGGCAGAGGAGGGUUCCAUCACUCCCAUGGACACUCCAGAUGAGCCUCAGAAGAAGCUCUCUGAGUCCUCCUCCUCAUGUUCUUCCAUCCAUUCCAUGGACACAAAUUCCUCAGGGAUGUCGUCCUUAAUGAACCCUCUGUCCUCCCCUCCAUCCUGUAACAACAACCCGAAAAUCCACAAGCGCUCCGUCUCUGUGACAUCCAUUACCUCCACAGUGCUGCCUCCUGUUUACAACCAGCAGAAUGAUGACACCUGCAUCAUCCGCAUCAGCAUAGAAGACAACAAUGGCAACAUGUACAAGAGCAUUAUGUUGACAAGCCAAGACAAGACCCCUGCUGUGAUCCAGAGGGCCAUGCUGAAGCACAACCUGGACUCAGACCCGGCCGAGGAGUACGAGCUGGUGCAGGUCAUCUCAGAGGAAAAAGAACUUGUGAUCCCAGACUCGGCAAAUGUCUUUUAUGCCAUGAACAGCCAAGUGAACUUUGACUUCAUUUUACGCAAAAAGAACUCAGUGGAAGAGCAGGUGAAACUGCGUAACCGGACCAGCUUGACCUUGCCCAGGACAGCGAAACGGGGCUGCUGGAGUAACAGACAUAGCAAGAUUACCCUUUGAAGGGGGUCUAGGGCCCCUGGCCUGCCACAGGCAGAGUGGGGCCCAGGAUAGGAUCACUGGUAAAGCCAACAGAUAUUUAUUAGCUACUUAUGAAGUGCAAAGCACUCUAUGGAGAAAUUGGAAAUGAAUUUGACAUGGAAGAAUGAGCAAGCCACUGAUCUCUUGGACCUAUCUGAGACUGAAAUAGAAAAUUAUCCACCUUUAAAAAAUAUAUAUGUACACAUAUUAGUAUGUAUGUGUAUAUGUAUAUAGAUAUAGAUGUAAAAGAAGGACUUAAUGGGAUAUUCUGUACCUUGGAAAAACACAUUUGCACAAUGGCCUGGGACUUUAAGGUCACUUUUUACAGGGAAAUAGAAGGAACUGAGAACCUAGUCUCUUACCUUCCAUGUAAAUCAAAUCUGUCCUAGGAACACAGAGUGUCCUUUGUGCCAGUAUUAGAAGGAAUCCAAGCUUUAUUUUUGUAAGAAGGGAGGAUUACUUUCUCAAUCAAGUGCCACCAGAGAAAACAGCUGCAGAGGCUGGAACAGCCACAGGCUGAAUGAAAGGCCAUUUUGCAAAGGGUUUGGAUGAGUCAGUGGCCUCCAACCUCUGCUUGCAUCUGUUGCUUUCUGCCUCCCCCAGGGGGCCUCCCCAUGCCCUGCCAGUCACCAUCACGACACCUCUGCAGUCAACACAAGCCCAUUUUUAUUUACGGCAAUCCCCUUGUAGUUCUGUUUUCUCACCUAAAGAAUAUGUCAUCAUCAUUAUUGAACAAAUAGCUAUGUCCUUUCCUAACUUACCAGCCAAAAGAAAGCAACAAGAAUGAUGACUCAUUUGGACUCUUCUGUCUUGGAAUACCACUACAUCAUUGCCUUUUCUGAUUGCCUUCCGCAUGUGAAGUUCUGUUGAGAGUCUUUUGCCAUCUGGAACCUAGUACCUCUGUAUUAUGUGCAAUUUGUAGUUCAGGUAUAGACAUUGCGGUUGACUGCAUUUGAUCAUGCCGAGCCUGUGAAAGAUUUGUGCGGUGGUCGCCCUGUUCAGAGCUCCUUAGAGGAUGCUCCCUGCCAAUAAUUACAUUUAUUUGACUUGCUCCUUUUAUAGCAUUCCUGUGCCUGGUCAUGGGGAAAGAAAUGGGACUGUGUGUCUUAUCUCAGUUCUUUCUUAAAGAGGUACAUCUUUCCAGAGGAACUCGGCCUCAUUCUUUGUCAGGUCCCCACAGUUGCAAUGCUGGUGUCACUGCGAAGGGACACUUCUGUCUCUUAUGACACCAUCACACUUUCCCUUCCAAAUCUGAGCUAUGCUGGGGUUUGAACUAAAAAGCCAUAUGUGGGAAGUUGACAUGUAUGAGAAGCACUUUCAAAUGAUUGUCUUUUUCUAAGAAAAAUUCCCCCCAUACAUGCAGUUUUUAUUCCAAAAAAUAAAGAGAAUGAACCUAGAAUAUGAAUUAUAGAUCAUAACAUGCAGUUCUUUUUUCUUAUCUUGUGAUAGAGCUCCCAAAUGGUAUACGGGAUUUCUGUUACGUUUGUUGCCAUAUGGACUCAGCAUGAAAUAUCAUGAAAAGUUUAGAGAUUUAGGGUGCUGGACCAAAGAAUGAAUCAGGAAGCGACUCAGUUUCCUUGGUCUUCUAAUAAAUGUCCAUGAUCACUGCAGAGAUUGGACUUGGUGUUAUAAAGACAGGUUGACUAGAUUUCAACUGGUCGGAAUGCACUUUCUUCUGUUUGCUAGCCGGGUUUGGUUUGUGCUUUUGUGCAUGGAGGAGAGGGGCCCAGGGUCACUGCCAUUGGUGAAAAGGUGAAGAAGAUAUAGAACUAUUGACUUGGCUCAGGAUGUGCCUACCAAGAUCUACAUGCUGUGCCCAUGUGCUUGCCCUGUGUGUUUAUACUGUACAUGUAGAGCCUAGAUUUAUAUACUGCAAUGUAAAAUAUAUAUUAUAUAUUUACCUUUUUUUUAAGACAAUGGAAAUACCAAGUAGAUAAAACAUGGCCUCAUUUAUUUAAUGCUACCUUAAUGAUCUUAAAUUUGCUUCUUGGUGGACAGCCGAGCAAUACCUUCAGCUGCUCGCAUGCUUGUCUUUCUGCAUCUCCAUCAUCUGUUUACCUUCUGGUUAAACUAAUAAACUGGCUCAGGACUUGA